AAAAAACAGAUUUAAAAUGCCCAGCACAAUAGUUGUCUUCGGUAACUUGUAUGUUUGUAAUCUUAUUACUAAGAUGUGUAUAUUUCAGUUUGGUGGUUAAGUUUAAGUUUUCAUAAGCCACUACUUGAUUCAUUUGUUGACUUGACUCUGCCUGAAAUAAAUUACUUACUAAUUGCUUAGAAUUGUGGAAACAAUAUGUUUAUAAGAGAACCUAGUUCUAGCCAAAUGUUAAAAAUAACUGUACAUUUAGUAGUGUCUCUCAAUCAUUGCCUUGUGGUUCCAAGAGCCACUCCAAAUAAUAUAUUAAAGGGAGAUUCUGACUUCAGGACUACAUUCCAUGUUUAUGAUGCUUUUGAAGCAGAAUAUCCUGAAUGUAAAAGCUUAAAACGGUGAAUAUAAGUGAUGUCUCAGAUAUAAGUAUGUGUGACAUUUUAUUUAAAAAUAAUUGGAAUUAAGGAGCUGCACAUUCUUUAUUAGUCUAACUUUAUAUACUUUUGGCGAUGUGAGUUUGAGUCUACACACAGAGGUUCAGGAAACUAUGACAAUGCUGCCACUUUUAAGAAGUUGUUUUGUCCUGUUUUUGUUUUGAAGAGAAGUUGUAAUGCAGAGGUGCCGACCUGGCUAGUUAAGACCAGUGUGUAAACUGCUUGGGAGGCCUUGGGUCUUUCUAAACGGGCUGCAUGAGUGUGGCCAGCUCUCUCUGACAUUGGGAAUUUUAAGUAACAUCAGAAGCAACUGGGAUCGCAAAAGAGUUGGAAGCUUCAGUGGCAGUCUCCUGGCUGCUGCUACUCUGAACUUUCUUGAUACUUUUUCCUUCUGCACUGAAGAACUGCAUGCGCCAUCGGUGUCCACAUCUUCCCACUGUAAUUUAUGAAAAGAUUAAUAAACCGUGCUUGAUUACGGAGUAUGUGGAGAAAUAUACUUCAUAUGGAUAUAUUCAGCCCAGAGAAUCCUACAAACCACGAGAGGAAUAUCAGCGGCAUGAAGGCAAGAUGCAAAGCAUGACUACGUUCAGGGCAGAUUAUACUCCACAUGAUAAUCAGCCUAGACCAUGCAGGCUGAGCGAGGAAUUUAAACAUUCCCAUGGAGUUAUGAAUCUGAACACCACGUACAAACGAGAUUUUAACAUACUCCCAAUCCAACCAGUAGCUCCAGCACGACCGUUAGAACAAAUAAGCAACUCUACAGCAAAGAUGGAAACAAUCCCUACGUACAAAGAUCAUUUCAAACAGUGGGAACUUCCUAAAAGAGAAACUUCUAAACCAGAAUAUACAUUCAAAGUACCGUCAGUCAAGUUCGCAAAUAAAACCACAUCUCACGAUGACUAUUCUUUUAAAGUGCCCAUUCCCAAAGAGAGUGUUAGGCCUCCAAAUUCUGCCAGGGUGUCAAAUGUGCCCUUUGAUGACAUGACCAACUAUCGGCAGCAUUUUGUACCGUAUACGUAUGAGCCCCGGAAAAGGCAUGAACACGAGCAAUACAAACGAAAUGAUGAACCCUUUGAUGAUCUUACUACUCACAGGAGAGAUUUCAAGGGGCAAACAGGAGAGCUUACGGUACCUAUUCGACCUUCAUGCAUCAAACCUGACUCUGAUCCGCAGUUUUGUGAUUUGACUGAAUUUCGUGACAAGUACCGAACUUGGGCAGUGGAUCGACCAGCAAUGCACAAGGCUGUGGAAUUUGUGCCUCCUGGAGGCACGAUUAAUCUGAGCACCACUACUCACACAGACUACGUUGAACAUAAAGUCCAACCUCUUGUUCCAGCCCGGCCUCUGCCCCAGAGGAGUAGGUUAAACAUUUUGUUUGAAGGGCAGUCCACCAUGAAGGCAGACUACAAACCUUGGGAUUCUGUACGGGAGCCUAUGAUCAAGCCACGUCAAGAACUACAGAAAGCCACUGGCCAACUCGAUGAUAUGACAACAUUCAGGGCUCAUUAUGUACCUCACCCAAUUAACCUGGUACAUUCCUUCAAACCCCGAAACUCCUACAAUCCCAACAUAGUGCCACUGGAUAAUGGAACCACCUAUCAAUUUAGUUUCACACCAAAACCAGUUCAGCUCUGUCCUGCGUCAUUCGCAGUACCCCCUGGUUAUGAGUAUGUGGAAACUGACCCUCAAGGUCAUAAAUUGUAUUGCCCAGUGUCUGAAAAGGAGAAUGUCCAGCCCAAAUCACUAAACACCUCCACAGAAUUGGUUCCAAAUAUUCAUGGACAUGAAAAACCUGCAAACGAUUUGAAAACAGGUUUCCCAACGAAUGGAAUAGUUGCAGCCUGAAGAAAGCAAAUAUGGCCCCAACAACCCAAAAAAUUAUAGUCAUUUUCUGGUGUUCUUUAUCAUGAAUUACACAUAUAUAUCCUUUCUGCUUUACUUAGUGGAACUGAUAAAUAGGAAGAAUGUUUUUUAUGUUGAUGGUUUCAUUCCUGUACAAGUCUCAGCUAGUCGGCAAUUCCUAAAGUUGGGAGACAAGUGGACUUUCCUUGCAAUUAAACACAGCAAAACUCUGGGCCUAGCAAAAACUCCUAAUCUGCAUUUCCUUCCAGCUCCCUGUUUGAGAAUGGAGUUUUUGACCUCUCCACAACUUGACUGGAAUGUUCUAUAAUCAAUGCAGUAAAAUGAAUUUUAAAAUCAACUGCUUCCACUGACAAUGCUGUAAACUUUAUUCAGGCAAUUCAUGUUGAACAUUUGUUCUGAAAUUACAAAAUGCAGUUCUAUACCUUUUUUGCGGUAUUACAUCUGAUUGCAAUGUACGUUGUGAAGGCAGAGGAUCGUGGAUUUAUUUAAAAUUGUUGGAUGUGGUCACCUAGGGGAUGGGGGUUUUCCUGAGAGAAUGAACAGUGCUGACACUAAUCUUAUCCAAGUCAAUUUUGUGAUCUUUACCAGUGUAAGAUUGAGAUGUCUAGUUUAUUCAAAAAAACAUUGUGAAGGUGCAAAACAUCUAUAACUGUAUACUAAUGUUCCUUGAAAUGUUACAUUCCACUACAGAUGAAAACUAAGGGAAUUUGGUCAGCAAAGAAAUUAACAUCAUAAUUUCACUUCAGAAAUUAUUUUUACUGAAGCAGAUAUAAUCCUCCUGCUCAACCUGAAUUUAAGAACCAGAAAGAUCAAUAUUUUUGUAUUUGGAUCUUGUACUUUUUGAAUAUUGAUAAUUGAUUUUAAUAUUUUGUAAAACUUGUCCAUCUAUUGCUGUCACAAAAAAAUAUAAUUUUACAUAUGUCUCAACCCAAGUAACCAGUGAAGUUGAUCAGUUGCUUAAAGCACCAAUUGAUUAGUUCCCUAAAACUACAUUAAGUUAUAAAGGCUGACAUUCAAAAAAAACACUUACUUCAGUCAUCUUAUUUUAAAAGUGCAGAAAAAGUUGCUAUAUUAAGACUAAGGUUUUUAUGUUACACAACACUAAGUGAACCAUAGCUAACACAUCCCUAGCUAUUUGAUUUACUUUGUGUCCAUCGUAUACAGAUAUGAACUGACUGAUUAUGACAUUCAGAAGAACGUUAUAAAAGCUUGUAUUAAGCAUGAUGUUUUAAAACCUUUUAACUCAUUUGCAUUCAGUGUAGCCCACUUUCUAUACAUUUGUAAUAGAUAUUGUAGCUCCAAUACCUGUAGUUAUGCAGAACCUUAAGUGUAAGCUGUUUUGCUACACAAAAUGUGUCCCCCAUAAUAUUCUCAGGAAUGUUUCUAAAUUUCCUAUUAUUGUUCAUAUUAAGACUAAAAUUGUUUUAAUGUGUACAUUUUGUUGGAUUUGUAUUGUCUUUUUACAAAUGGGUUGUUCUGCAAUGUGACUCCCCCAGCAUUUUUAAAAUUUUAGCCUGAAUUUUUAAGUGCAUGAUUGCAUUGUCCUUUGUAUUGUCUAGACCCUGACUUUGCUUUAGUUAAUGGAGUUCAGUUUGUAGAUGUGCUUGAGCAAAAUAACAGAAUUUUAAAAAUAUAUACAGUGCUGCUACCAAA